AUGAUCCGAAUAAUCUUAAUGAUACUUUCUUUUUCAGAUGAAGUUAUACCGAAUUAUGGAACUGAAGGAGGAGCAUCCGGUGAAGUAAUAUGUCCGAGAGGUGGAGCAAGAGGACGAAGAACCGGGAAUUUAACAUCAUUACCGAGAGCUGCCUUAUUGCGAUCAUCAUCAUCUCUCUCAUCAUCACCCUUUAUUGAGCCAUCCGUAUCUGGUGGAUUUAAUUCAACGAUCAUCGUUCAAGGCACAACCAUCGAUACUACUAACCACUAUCAUCAUCAUCACCAUCACCACACCUAA